AUGUGCUUGCAUCUUAUGCUGUGUAACUUCUCCCGUAUUUUCAAUAUUACGCGUGCUUUUCAGCAGUUCACCGGUAUCAGCAUAGUCAUGUACUACAGCCCCAGAAUCAUUCAAAUGGCCGGAUUUAAUUCCAAUCAGUUAGCUCUUCUUUUAUCUCUCAUAGUUGCUGGCAUGAAAGCUACUGGAACAACUAUUGGCAUUUAUCUAAUUGACCAUUCAGGGCGAAGGAAGUUGGCUCUCUCAUGCUUGUCAGGUGGAUUUGGUAGCUACUUGUUUGGAAUGAGUCCUAAUAUUGCAAAACAAAUUCCAGAACUAGGAAGUCCCAUUAAUACUAAAUUUCCUGGUCUAAGAUGGAUGAUUGUGUUUCUAUUUGUUUUUAGCUUUCUUGGCCUCUUUUCGGAGGUUCCACUCCAAAAGGUACACUAA